AUGACACCUGGCGACCCUGACAUUACCAUGUUGCACUCUGAGAUUUUUGACUCAAAACCAGACUGCUCCUUAUUUUCAAUCAUCUGUCUCAAAUUCAAAGCGGUGUCCGAGGAUAAGUAUUGGAAGACUCAGAACUCCUUUCAUCAAGCAGGAGAUUUACUCGUUCCGAGCAGGGUUCGAGGUGUGCGUGAUCAAUCCAUGUUCUCGUGGUUUCAUGUCUUUGCUGAGGUUUCCACCGACAGCAUGUUCUCGGCUCGCUAUGGGAGCAGUCGGCUCGAACUCGUGUUCUCCGAGGAUAUCAUCUCAGGGCGUGCGAUUAACACGGCGCAUCUAUCAACUUACGUGUCCGAUGUCCUUGCCCUCUCGAAGAUCCUAUCUUCAAGCUUGGUUGUCGCCAGCUCGUACCGGCUUGUCCGAUUCUUCCUUGGCAAAUUUUAUUGGCUUUUCUUCUCGCUCUACCCGCUUUCCAUUACGUUCGACGCGUUGAUUCCAAGAAGACCUGAUUUGUUCGCGUCCGGGUUCGCUACACUCGUCUCGACUCCACAAAAUGUGCCGAAAAUUCUUGGAAAGACGACAUAUAUCUUGGAUUACCGGUGGAGGCUCGUGGAUGCCGACUUCGGGGCCUCGUGA